AUGAAGGAAUCAAAUAGAACGUACUCGAAACAAGUCGAAGUGACCGUACAGGAGCGCUUCAAGCUCCUAGACGCGGUAUACGAGAGCGGGUGUACCAACUGGGAUACCGCCGACGCGUACGGGGAUAGCGAGAUUUCCAUUGGCAAAUGGUUUAAGAAGACGGGCAAGCGCAGCGAGAUCUUCCUCGCUACGAAAUUCGGCCUGGCUGCUGACAUCCCAGACCGUAUGGUUUGUGGCGACCCUGAAUACGUCCCGAAGGCACUCGAUAAGUCCCUCGAGCGGCUCGGCGUGGACUACGUCGACCUCUGGUACCUUCAUCGGGCCGACCAGACCGUGCCUAUCGAAUUGACCGUCCAGGCGAUGGCCGAGCAAGUAAAGGCUGGCAAGGUCAAGUACAUCGGCCUGUCCGAGGUAUCCUCCGCGACCCUGCGCCGGGCACAUGCGGUGCAUCCCAUCUCGGCCCUGCAGAUCGAGUACUCGCCGUUCUCGCUCGAAAUCGAGGACGAGAAGAUCAGGUUGUUGAAGACCGCGCGCGAGCUAGGCGUCACCGUCGUUGCAUACUCGCCUCUCGGCCGCGGCCUCCUCACUGGCCAAAUCCGGUCCCCGUCGGACCUGAAGGAGGGCGACAUGCGUCUCUGGCUGCCCCGCUUCUCGCAGGAGAACUUCCCGAAGAUCCUCCGCAUCGUCGACGGCAUUCAGGCGAUCGCGAAGAAGUACAACGCAACGGCUGGGCAGGUCACACUCGCGUGGCUGCUCGCUCAGGGCGACGACAUCAUCCCGAUUCCGGGCACUUCUCGCAUCCCUAAUGCGAAGGAGAACCUGGGCGCGCUCAAGUUGAAGCUCGCGCAGACGGACAUCGACGAAAUUCGUAAACUCGCACUUGCCGCUCACAAUACGAUCGGCGACAGGUACGCGGGGGCGUGGCAGGACAUCACCCUCGCGGAUACGCCUCCCCUGAAGGAAUGAACAGUGAGGAGUUAGACCUUCAACAAGCUAUAGUUGACAUGUAUAGAGAAUUCCUGCAAUGGGGUUGUAUGUCCUGAAUUAAUAUCAC